AUGAGAAAAACAUUAAGACAAUGCUUACAUAAAUCAUCAUUUUUAAGUCAAAGAUAGACAAAUCCAGAUCUCACAUAAGAUAAGAGAUUGGGAGUGAGAUUUGCUACAUAAUAUUAAUUGACUGUUCCAGAUAUUGCGACAACAGAUCCAAAUUAAUUAGAAUUGAUUAGAAUAAAGGAAAAAUAUAAAUGGAAAUGUGAAGAAUUGGAUAGAACGAAGCAAGUUAUUGAAGAAGAACAUAAGUAGAUAGAAGAUAGAGCUAAUGUAUUUAUAAAUGUUAUAAAGAAAUUAAAUAAAGGAGAAAAAGAAAUGCGUAUAUUAGCAGCUUAGAUUAAAGAGAAAUUAAAUAUUUUAGGAGAAUAAGAAUAGAAUUUCAGAGAGAAAGUAUAAUAAUAGGAAGAGAAAAUGAAGGAGAGAGAAUAAUAAUUAUUGAUUAGUAAAAAUUAAUUAGAGGAGUAAUAAAAUGAAUUAGAUUUGGAAAGAAAUAAAUUACAGAUCAGAGAGAAAUGUUUAUAGGAGAAGGAGUAUGUUAUAGAUUAAAAAUUAAGAGAAGUAGAGUAAUAUAUAGAGAAACUAAAAUAUUAAUUAUAAAAUGUAAAUUAGAAGGAAAGUAAGAUUUAUUAAGUUAUUUAUAAGAUUAUUAUCAUAAAUAAAUAGAUAAGUUGAAUUAAGGGCUAUAGACUAUAAUUUAACAUGAAUUAUCAAUAAAAAAUAUAGAAUUCAAUUUGAGUAAAUAGGUUAAUUAAUUGAGAGAAGUGGAGAGUAGUUUGAUAGAUUAAUUGUAGAAUUGUAAAUAAUAGGAGGAAUUGUUUGAUUAAAGAGAUUUAAAUAUAUAAGUUAGUGAAUAAUUAAUAAAUAGAAAAUUGGAGUGGGAUAGUAAAUAGAUGUAUUCAGCAAAAAUGUCUAAGAUAAAUUCUGAUAAUUCAAGAAUGGAGAUUUCGAAUUUUGGUCAUUCUGCAUUUUCUCAAAAANAUAUCAUAAGUCUUACUAGCAUUUUUUUAGAUUUAUUUUUAAUUUAAUUUAAGUUAUAAAAUAAGAAGUUGAUAUGA